ACAUUCUAAUUUCAGUCAGUAACUGAUAAUCAAACGAUCUAGUUAGAAGUGCUAGACGUAGGGAACAAAAUUGUUUUCCAAAGAAAUGUUCAUCAAAGUAACCAGUAAGAAAAUCGAUUUGUAAAAAGGAAAAGUUUAAUUCUGCCGCCUAUUAAGAUGAUGAACCAAAUCGUAGGAGUCCUUGCUCUUUUGGGAGUUUGCUGUGUGAGUCUAGCGCAAAAGCCAGACUACUGUGAUCCUGCGCUGUGUCCUGGCGGCAAAGCUCAUGUCGCCUGUAAUGCCACCGAGGAAUUUGGUGGAACUUGUCCUGAAAAUGCGGAACUAGUGAAAUUAGACGGAAAAUUCAAGGAUAUGAUACUCGAAAUGCACAAUACUCUGAGAAGUGAACUGGCUAGUGGCAAGAUGGAGGGAUUUGCGGCAGCUGAGAAAAUGGCAAUUUUGGACUGGGACGACGAGCUGGCCCGGGUUGCCGAGUAUAAUGUGCGGGGCUGUGCCUACUCCCACGACGAUUGCCGCAGCACCGAAAAGUACCGUUUCACGGGCCAAAACAUCGCCCGGAAGUCCAAACCGAACAACAUCACCGUCGAAGUCAAACGGGCCAUUUCCGACCUGACGAACAAAUGGUGGCAGGAGUACGUCGACACCAAUCAGACGGUGAUGGAUUCCUACCGGAAGGUGGGGGAGGGAGUGCACGUGGGCCAUUUCGCGCUGAUGGCGAGCGAUCGGAUUAGCAAGGUGGGAUGUGCCAUCAGCAAGUACUUCAACCCGGAGAACAAGCGAAACUACGUGUACUACGUCUGCAACUACUCGUUCACGACGGUGCUGAACAAGCCGGUCUACCGGAAGGGCAAAUCCUGCUCCAAGUGCGACAACUGUAGCAAAAAGUAUCCGGGCCUGUGCGAGGGCAUCGGAGACGAUAUUGACAAGGAAAAUUGAAAGCGCACCCCCGCACAGACAGAUUAUUGACACUUAACCGAUGCAUGAUUGUGAUAUACCUCAGAUUUAA